UAGCCGAUAGCGCUCUGUGUUAUCGGGAACAGCUGUUGACGAGCAACGUAGACAAAAGUAAAUAUUAUUAAACAAUUGCGUAGCAAAUAAAGCAAACACCAAUCUAAACAGAGCCCAGAGAAAACACACAAAUCAGCUGCAAUUAGAUCUGAUUUCAAAGGUUCAGAAGAAACUAGUUCCGAACGCGUUGUUUUUGUUGUCAUUUCGCAGUCGCCGCUUUUGUGGCUCAAUUCCAACAAUUUCCUCGUUCUCCCAAUAACCAAACACCAUAUAAAUAGGCCCGACUUGAAAGCAGGUUUUGCAUUCAUUGUAAAACAGUGCUGACGCGUGCAGCUGAUUAAUCGCGGAUCUAUAUAUAGCGCAAUCCAGAUAUAUUGUAUCAUCUAAAGCGGACUUAUAAUGUCGCAGCAACCUGUUGCCUUCCUCACUCGACGCGAAACUUUCAGCGCCUGUCACCGUCUUCAUAGCCCCCAAUUGAGCGAUGCCGAGAACCUGGAAGUCUUCGGCAAGUGCAACAAUUUCCACGGCCACGGACACAACUAUACAGUGGAGAUAACCGUUCGUGGUCCCAUCGAUCGGCGAACUGGAAUGGUGCUUAACAUCACCGAGCUAAAGGAGGCUAUUGAGACAGUGAUUAUGAAGCGCCUGGAUCACAAAAACCUCGACAAGGAUGUCGAAUACUUUGCCGAUACACCCAGUACCACAGAAAAUUUGGCCGUUUACAUCUGGGACAACAUCCGUCUGCAGCUGAAGAAACCCGAGCUGCUGUACGAGGUGAAGAUCCACGAGACACCAAAGAACAUCAUCAGCUACCGCGGUCCGUAUCCGCUCAACGGCAUCUAUAAUCCCAUCAACAAACGCAUCGCCCAUGACUCCUGCACCAACAUUUCAUCGGAUUCGGAUUAGAGAAACGGAAUUUACAUUCGAAACUUGUAACAUUGCCUAACGAAUUUUAUUGGACCAAUGCUCAGCGAACACUCACCAACCUCCUUAAGACACACACGCAUAGGAAAAGACACUUACCAUGUAAGGGAAUGAAAAGUUAUACGAAUUACAAAGUAUGUAGAAGUAAAGUAUGUUUGUGCAACAUAUUAAUGAAUAAAUACAAAAGCAAAUGAAAUAA